AUGCGGGCCUCUCUGCGCUUGCUAAGCUCAAAAGCGGCACAGCUCUUCAAAUCAAUGGAUGUGCCAGUGCUUCAGCCUGGACAGGCCGAGUACGACCGUGCAAUCGCGACUUCGAACCGUCUGUUUCGUUUCUCCAGACCCGAUUGCGUGGUUCAGCCGGAGACAGCAAAGCAUGUUCAAGCUAUCGUUAGAGAAGCAGCGUCAAAGAAUAUCGAUCUCACUAUCAAGUGCAAUGGUCACUCUUAUGCGGGUCACUCUACCGCCAUGAAAGGCGUCUCGCUUGACCUAAGAAGAAUGAGAAGCGUUAAUCUUGACAUGAACUCGAAUGUUGUCACUAUGGACGCCGGCUGCCAAUGGGGUCGGGUCUAUGAGACGCUCAUAAGUGGAAGACACAAUGGAUACAUCAUUAACGGAGGACGCUGUCCUACUGUAGGAGUGAGCGGAUUUAUUCUUGGGGGAGGUCUUGGACCUUUUACUCGUAGCUUCGGGAUGGGCUGCGAUACUCUAGCCGAAGCGACUGUAGUUACAGCAGAUGGGGAGUUGGUGACAGUCAAAGAGACUGAUGAUAGGAAUUCCAAAAAGGGAAAGCUCUUUUGGGCUCUCCAGGGCGCAGGCGGUGGCAACUUUGGUGUUGUGGUCCAGAUGAAGCUGAAAGUCCAGAACUACAAAACCUUGAAGGGACCGUAG